AUGUCCACGAUGUCCAUUCUAUCUGCAAGGACAUCGAUGUCUGGCGUGCAUGGGAUGCCUGUAAUUCCUUCGCAGCCAGAGUCUCAAGCACAACCAGAGCCGUUGUUCACACAUCCGCAUCCCAACAACUCGGAGAGUCAUCCAGAAGAAGAAACUCAUCCACAUCCUCAAUUACAUUCACGCUCUUCUUCUCGACGUGGCAUCGAAUUUCCGCCAUCAUUUAGACCUGGGUCGAGGACGUCAAGACGUUCAGGAUACUCAGACUUCGUAGGAUAUUCAGACGAGGCCGAAAUCGAACGGAGAGGGAUUCCUCUCAUGGGGGCUAUGUCACAAUUAAACCAAUUGCCUCCUGCUCCCUCCGCAUCAGUAUCAGUACUGAGACCCGCAAUGCCAAUAGUGAAACGGAACGAACAAGGUCAAUUUUCGGUCUCUUCCUCACAUCUGGAUCAGCUGGCGCUCAGUAUUACAACUACGAAUCCUGAAUCUCAACCCCCUCCCCAUUUGCCUUUUUCGGUUUUAUGA